ACAGCGUCAGUGGGGCGACGCAACGGUCCCACUCAUAAUUACAAAUCGAAGCAGGGGAAAAUAUCACACACAUUGGAGUUUGUUACGCUUUUUUUUUCUUUACCUACAUUUGUAACAACCAGUCUCACAACUCCGAGGAGACCCAGACAAGGAAGGCAAUCUAAACCGAAACUAUCGACAGAACAAUUAAGUCAGAAACCAACUACUAACUACACAAUUUCAGUCCAAUGGCGACACCGUGUGUUACCAAGGUGGAGCUGACAGUCUCCUGUGAACAUCUGCUGGACUUGGACAUGGGAUCAAAGUCUGACCCUCUGUGUGUCCUGGUCAUGAAUUCAUCUGGAAACCAGUGGUUUGAGGUUGAUCGCACAGAGAGGGUUAAGAACUGCCUGAACCCAAAAUUUGCCAAGAAGUUUGUCGUCGAUUACUACUUUGAAGUUGUUCAGAAACUCAGAUUCAGCAUUUAUGAUAUUGACAAUAAAACCAUUGAUUUAAGUGAUGAUGACUUCCUGGGAGAGGUGGAGUGCUCUUUGGGUCAGAUUGUUUCCAGCAGCAAGCUGACAAGACCUUUGGUGCUAAAAAGCAAAAAACCUGCAGGAAGGGGAAUUAUUACGAUCUGUGCGGAGGAAAUCAAGGACAACAGAUUUGUGAAUUUGGAGGUGGAGGCCAGAAAACUGGACAACAAGGAUUUCUUUGGAAAGUCAGACCCAUACCUGGAGUUUUAUAGGCAAACAGGAACAGGCUGGCAGCUUGCACACAGAACAGAGGUGGUGAAGAACAACUUGAACCCCAGCUGGAGACCUUUUAAAAUCUCUCUUCAGUCUGUCUGUGGUGGGGACAUAGAGAAACCAAUCAAGGUUGAAUGUUACGAUUAUGACAGCGAUGGGUCUCAUGAUUUGAUAGGGAUUUUUGAGACCACUGUGAAACGCUUGCAAGAGGCUUCCCGCACUACUCCAGCCGAGUUUGAGUGUAUAAACAGCAAGAAAAAACAGAAGAAGAAAAAUUAUAAGAACUCUGGAGUCGUGAGUGUGAAAGUUUGUCAGAUUACCAGAGAAUACACCUUUCUAGACUACGUAAUGGGAGGCUGCCAGAUAAAUUUUACUGUGGGCAUCGACUUUACAGGGUCAAAUGGGAACCCCAAGGCACCUGAUUCUUUACACUACAUCAGUCCUCAAGGUGUGAAUGAAUACCUCUCAGCCAUCUGGUCAGUUGGCCUUGUGGUCCAGGAUUAUGACAGUGACAAAAUGUUUCCAGCGUUUGGCUUUGGUGCCCAGAUUCCACCCAACUGGCAGGUGUCACACGAGUUUCCUCUUAACUUCAAUCCCUCAAAUCCAUACUGUGCCGGUGUUGAGGGCGUGGUGCAGGCCUACAGGGUGUGCCUUCCACAGGUCAAACUUUACGGCCCAACAAACUUCGCCCCCAUCAUUACACACGUGGCACGUUUUGCACAGGAGGCGUUACAGCAGAACACUGCAUCGCAAUACUAUGUUCUGCUGAUCAUCACUGAUGGAGUGAUCACAGACAUGGAUCAGACGCGGACAGCCAUAGUCGCUGCCUCCCGCCUGCCCAUGUCUAUUAUUAUUGUGGGCGUGGGCAAAGCUGACUUCACAGACAUGGAGAUUUUGGAUGGAGAUGAUGGACAACUGAGGUCUAUAACGGGAGAGCCGGCCGUACGAGACAUUGUGCAGUUUGUGCCCUUCAGAAAGUUCCAGAACUCUCCUAAAGAGGCUCUCGCUCAGUGUGUUCUUGCGGAGGUUCCUGGUCAGGUUGUCACUUUCUUUAACAUGAUGAAGCUUCCUCCUCCAAACAAUAACACUCCAGUUGCUGCUUCACAGGGGCCGACACAGAACUGAAGGGCCCAAUCCUUUCCUCAUACUGAACACAACUUCCAACUCAACAACUGGAUACAUCUCCACAACGCUGACCUAAUAUUAUGCUUUCUAAAGAGAAACACCACCUUUAAAAUGAUACAGUUGCUUUGCAAGAGCCUUACUUCUAAAGUGAAAUACUUCUAUAGAUCUUGUUAGGACUGCAUAGUUAGGGAAAGUAUGGCUGACUGUAUCCUAAAUGAAGAAGAAACAUUCUGCUAGAAGGGGAGAAAUGGUUCCUGUUAAAUUCCAGAAAACGUUACUGAAGAAACACUGUUAGACAUGCAGGUGAGAUGGCCAAACACAUGGGUGGUAUGAAUGUCUUUUAAAAACAAGUUCAGUUGCCAUUUAAUUCCCUAUAAAUCCUCUCGAAACUUGUUUAGAGUUUGCAUUAUGAUUUUUUUACUAUCUUGCCAUUCUCAUACUUUUAUGUAUAUAUAUAUAUAUAUAUGUUUUUUAUAUCUGUAGUUGAUUUUUUUAAACUGUGCCUGACUCAUAAAGCAUUUUGCAAAGCCAUAUUGCUGUGUAUUUGAGACAAAGUCUUACAUGGAUAUCAAUAAUGCGCCAGUGCAGUUUUAUUUACAUUUCCUGUACAAAUUGAUUUACACAGAUUAUGGGAGCUUUAUAUGCCAAGCUUUAUGUAUGGCAAGACUGCACAUAGACCUAAAGAGACUGUGGAAAAUUGCUCAGAUUUAUCUCAUAGAUUCAAUGUUGGAUAUAAAGUUAAUGUAUACAGAUGAAAGCUAAAACUGAUGUUUGUCUGUUUCAUGCAGCAGCUACUAUCAUGUGCUUGAAUGCACUGUGCAUGGAUACAAUAAAAGAAAUAUGCAUUAAUCAACUUUUACGAUCAGUAUUAACUAUGUUUGAGAUUUAAGUCUAUUUUGUUAGGUGUAACUUGCCGUUUACAUUACCACCACAAGCCGUAAGAAAGCAAUACAUUAUAUCAUCCUUGUUAUAUUUUAAAGAUAUAUUUUUUAUCAGACUACUUUUUGUUUGUAUUUUAAAGGGUAUCUUGUGUAUUGUUAGCACACUAUUGCAUGUGUUGUAUGUGCUUUUCUUAGUAAGUACGAUCUAUGUCCCUGUAGCAUGUUUUGUGCCAAAUAAAAAAAUAUAUAAACAUA